CGCACCGCGCCGCGCCGUGCGCGCCGGCCGCGCCACGUGGCGCGGGUGGCGCGGGGCGGGUCGGGUCGAAGUGGCGCCUUCAGUGGGCGGUGGCCACAGUAAGUGUUGAUGCUUGGCGACAAUGCCAUGCUCGGCACCGUCGAACUUUUGGCAGAGUGCCCAGACGUUGUUGCAACGGACACACAAAGAGAUCAUUGCCACCUCGCAGGUUGACAGUGAUCAGCGGCCGCCAGCCCUUCUUGGAAGCCACCGUUCAUGACCUCAACCACCUACGUCCGCAGCCUCCGGCGGACGUGGCCUCAUCAAUGCGCACGGUGCAGGCGGAUUGGCAUGCAGAUCGGCCACCGCCCAGUGCGCAGUGGAUGGGGCAGGACCUUGAUAUGGCCCUGCUCCACGCAGAGCAGCACCUUAGAGCUGAAUAUGGGAUGUGUGGAUUUGAAUAGAGCUGUUACCCCCCCCAAGGGGGCCAAAAUGGACUCUAAUUAUGUAAUGUUUACCAAGGCGCAGGGGGCAUUUGUCAGUGCAAGAAAUUCCAUGGCUGUAGUCUAGCUGAGAGCUAAACUUUGGGUGACUCCGACAAGAACACCUCUCAAUACCUUCCCCACGCUAGCAAUUAUUGCCAAGUUGUUGUCGAACUGUUGACAAUGGUUGCAGCAGAAGUGAUGGAAGCGUUGUUGCAUGCGGAGGAAGUGAUUAUGGACCAGUUCUGGGCAAUGCAACGUUCCAUCUCUCAUGUCUCGGCUGCAGUACUUACUCGUACGUAAGUUGCCAUUCGCUACAUUUGCCAAACCUGCACCAGCGUGUGUUUCUUUCAAAGAUGAUGCGCCGAUGCUGACAUGCUGUGAUUUUGACUAGACAUGAAGUGUUGCAGCUCUUG